GUAUAUAUAUCAGCUCAGCUGUUUAAAUGUCGGGUUAAACUUUAAAAAAAAUGGGAGAUAGCGAGCAAAAAGCUUUAAAUUUUAUGGCUGAAGGAGAAAAGAAAUGUCAUUCUUCGAAAGGCAUUUUAAGCUCAAUGUUUGGAAAGGAAUCAGCAACUUUAGAUUCUGCCUGUGAAUGUUUUGAAAAGGCAGCCAAUAAUUUUAAAAUAGCCAAAAAUUGGACAGCUGCUGGAAAGGCUUUUGUUAAGUCUGCUGAAAUUCAUGGAUCUAUGGGUAAUAAACAUGAAAGUGCUAAUAAAUAUUAUGAGGGUGCUAAUUGUUUUAAAAAAUCUGACCACCAAGAUGCUGUCAAAUGCUUACUGAAAGCCAUUGAUAUAUAUACAGAUUUAGGGAGAUUUACUAUUGCAGCUAAAUACCAUGCUAAUUUAGCAGAAAUUUAUGAAAAUGAACUAAAAGACAUAAACAAAGCUAUUCAACAUUAUGAACAAGCAGCUGAUUAUUUUAGGGGUGAAGAAUCUAAUAGUGCUGCUAAUAAAUAUUCCUUAAUAGUAGCAGGACUUGAAGCUGAACGGGAUAACUAUAAUAAAGCAAUCAAGAUAUAUGAACAGGUGGCCAUGAAUUCCAUGGAUAAUUCCCUGCUUAAAUAUAGCGUUAAAGAUCAUUUCUAUAAGGCAGCCCUGUGCCAUCUAUGCAUAGACCCGCUCAACGGGGAACAAGCUCUGGAGAGAUACGAGCAAUUGUAUCCAGCUUUUAGCGAUAGUAGGGAGUGCAAGUUUUUGAAAGCACUCCUUCAAAAUUUGACCGAUCAAAAUUCGGAAGGUUUCACCGAAACCGUUAAAAAUUAUGACUCGAUAUCCAGGCUCGACCAAUGGACCACUUCCUUGUUGCUAAAACUUAAACGGACCAUCAGCGAUGAAGGGGAUCUGAGAUAAAAUUUAAAAGCGGAAGUAAUAAAAAAUGAUUUGACUGGAAAACCAAUGUCAAAUUAAAAAAAGGAAUAAUUACUGUCGUCAUUUUUAUUCUUCUCACCCUUCAAAUUAUUUAUAUAUUAUAAAUGUAAAAUUUUAAACUUGUUUAGUUUAACGAAAAUAUUUGAUUACAUCUUUUUUACAUAUACAUUCCUUUCUGAUGAAAAAAACAACUUCUUCACAAAAAAAUAGCUUUGAAUUCAAUAAAUCUAAGACCAAAAAUUGCCCUUAUUGUUCGUUAUAUAAUUUAGAAUGAAUAUUUAAAAAUUCCCUUUAAUUAUGUGCAACAAUUACUUUUUGGUAUUUUUAUAUAUAUAUAAAAGAGUAAAUCCUUUUAUAUGGUUUAUGAAGAAUAAAAAUAUUUUGUAAUUGAUAUUUUAAAGUCAUUUUUUAUUGAUUUGAUCUUCCAUGUUUAUUUAU